AUGUUGCAAGAAUAUGACACAGGCUUCCACGGCAUCAUCCCGACCUUGCCUUCAUACCCUCUCGUCAAGAUCUCCCUAGACAUUGUCUUCAGCAAACCCGAUAACUUCAGGAAAGAACGACUUAAGUUCGAGGUGGUGAAUUGGGAAUCGCGGUACCACGCUAUCCCCGGGAGGCAAACAUACACCAAAUUCAUGGUAGUGCCCUACUAUGCGUAUCUGAUGCUCAAGAUUCCAGGCAACAACGGAACCACAAUCACCAUCUGUGGAAGCUUCUCACGCUCCGACAACUGCGUCAAAGACUUCCAGAAGGUUGCUUCCAAGUUCGGGGUUAAGGAGGAGCUCAAUGCACUCGAUGUAGUCACCGACCAUAAGCAGCCACUUGUCUAUAAUCGGAACACAAAAAAUGAUGAGUUUGAUGCCGCAGAGAUUCUACGAAGCAACACGUGCAUCCUUCUGACCCAAAGAAAAUAG